CGGUUUACUUCCGGCCCCUCCUUGGCGUGAGGCCGGGACGCUUUUCCCAGGCGGACCGAGGGCUCCUCGCUGCCGCGGUGCACGCCGGGAGAAGAUGGACUCGCACGCGCUGUUCCGCCGCCUGGGCGCGGGCGCGCGCUUCGACGUGAAGCGCUUCAGCCGCGACGCGCGGCGCUUCGGGGUGGUGAAAGACCCCGGCCCGAGCUCGGCGCCCCCCGCCAGCCUGGACUUCUUCGGCCCCCACGAGACGGGGCCCCCGAGUGCCCCCGGGACGGACGGCGCCGCAGCCCGGACGCCUGCCGCGGAGCCGCCAGGGCUGGAAAGGAAGAGAACGAGAGAAAGUGAGAGCUCCCGGGGGAAGAAAAAGAAGAAAACUUCAGAAACUAUUUCUGCAUCGGAGCUUCCUGAAAAUGAUGGGAUAUUGUGGAUGUCCUCGUUGGAAGCAAAGCUUAAAAAUGCAAGAGAAACGGGAGAAAAGAAACCCACCGCAGAAAAACUGGAACAGCUCAGACAGGAAAAGAUAAACCAUUUCCGAAACAAGCACAAGAUUAAUGUUCAAGGUACAGAUCUUCCUGAACCAAUUGCCACAUUUGAGCAACUUCAAAAGGAGUAUAAAAUCCACCCUAAAAUAAUGCAGAACAUUGAAUCUGCUGGCUUCCAGGUCCCCACGCCAAUUCAGAUGCAAGCCAUUCCUGUCAUGCUUCAUGGUCGGGAACUUCUGGCUUCAGCUCCUACUGGAUCUGGGAAGACCUUGGCUUUUAGCAUUCCUAUCUUAACACACCUGAAACAGCCCAUGAACAAAGGAUUUAGGGCACUGAUCAUCUCUCCUACUAGAGAACUUGCUAGUCAGACGCACAGAGAGCUAGUAAAGUUGUCUGAGGGAACAGGCUUCAGAAUACAUAUGAUCCAUAAAGCAGCUGAAGCAGCCAAGAAGUUUGGGCCCAAAUCAUCUCAGAAGUUUGAUGUGCUAGUGACCACUCCAAAUAGACUCAUUUAUUUACUAAAACAAGAUCCUCCGGCAAUAGAUUUGACCAGGGUUGAGUGGUUGGUGGUGGACGAGUCGGACAAACUCUUCGAAGAUGGGAAGUCAGGGUUCCGUGACCAGCUGGCCUCCAUCUUCCUGGCUUGCACAUCUCAUAUCAUCAAAAGAGCGAUGUUCAGUGCAACUUUUGCACACGAUGUAGAGCAGUGGUGUAAACUCAACCUGGAUAAUGUAAUUUUGGUGUCAGUUGGAGCAAGAAACUCUGCAGCAGAGACAGUGGAACAAGAGCUCUUGUUUGUUGGAUCGGAGACAGGAAAGCUGCUGGCAAUGCGAGAGCUGGUUAAAAAGGGUUUCACGCCUCCCGUACUUGUUUUUGUGCAGUCCAUUGAAAGGGCUAAAGAGCUUUUCCAUGAGCUUAUUUAUGAAGGUAUCAAUGUGGAUGUUAUCCAUGCUGACAAAACACAGCAGCAGAGAGAUAACAUAGUGCACAGUUUUAGAGCUGGAAAGAUUUGGGUGCUUCUAUGCACAGCCUUGCUGGCCCGAGGGAUUGACUUCAAAGGAGUGAAUAUGGUCAUUAACUAUGACUUCCCAACCAGUGCUGUGGAAUAUAUUCACAGGAUAGGUCGGACUGGGAGAGCAGGACAUACAGGAAAAGCACUCACUUUCUUUACUGAAGAUGACAAACCUUUAUUACGAAGUGUAGCUAGUGUUAUUCAGCGGGCUGGCUGUCCCGUGCCAGACUAUAUAAAACACUUCCGUAAACUGCAAAGCAAACAAAAGAAGAAAUUUAUUAAGAAGCCACUGGAAAGGGAGCACAUUCGUACCAUGCCUCAGUACUUCUUAGAAAAAGGAAAAAGCAAAAAGAAAAUUAUCCAGAAAAAUACUAAGGAAAAGAAGAAAGCUAAAGCAUCCAAAGAAAAUGCUCAAUUGCAGACUGCUCCAGAAAGUUGAUGGCUUUUGAGUGCUGACAAACAAACUGGACUUGGAACCAAGCUAGACAAAUAUAUUGUAUAAAUACUUGAAAAUGGAAAGUCCAAGAUGACAACAAAGGACAAAGGAAGAGAGAGCAAAACUUCCUUUUUCUAACUCUUCCAUAUAGAGCAGUGGACACUAACAUGCAAAAAAAAAAAAAAAGUCACUGUUGAGGGAAAAAAAAUCCUACAUGUGCUUCUUAUAGAAGCUCAAGAUCAUGCUCUUGCAGUGAGACACCCCAGGCUUCUAAGGAAUGGUUCACAAAUAGCAUCUGUUUUGCUUAAAGUUCAGUAUCACUUUUUGGAAUAGCUGAGAUAUACAACUGGCCCAUGAGUAUCUUCUGAAGUCGGGAUGAAAAGUGUUUACAUAUGCAAGAUCUGAGAAUGCACAGGUUUUUAUUAUAGUGCUGAGCUAGUCCAGCUGUUCUUAAAGACUGUUCUAUUCCUUUUCUGUGAUUUUUUUUUAAUUUGUUUUGUUGUUUUUUUUUAAGAUCUACCCCUGCAACUAGAUUCUUUUUGCUGUAUAAAUCAAUUUGAAUAAUUAAUUCAUGACUUCAUUUUCAGCAAGAAUGGGACAUAGAAGUAUUUUGGGUUUUUCAUAUAAAAUGCAUCAAAAGUUAGUAAAAUCUUAUUAUGGGGUUAAAGGUAAACCUCAAAGCAAAAUAAACUGAGGAAAAUUCUAAGACCAGAGAUUCUUCAGUCUCUUGUAUUUCUUGGAGGACUGCUUUCCAGUUGCUGUGUCUAUGCUUGUGCUAUGCAUAAGGAACACAUUCCACACUUUUUAUUGUUUCUUCACUUCUUAAACCCACUCUGUUUGGACAUAGCUUCCUUAACAGAUAAUUUUAACAAUGCAAGGGCAACUUCUCUUCUCCAAGGAUAAUCUUUUUCUAAGUGGCUGUUCCUGUUGCUUGGUACCCAUUUUGAAAUGUGUGCUCAUUGAGUCCCACUUCCUCAAGACUUGGUUACCUUCAGUCCAUUUUGCAAAUGGAUCCCAGUUUUACAUAAAUCAUUCACUACAGGCUGCUCUCGGUGUUUCUGUUCUGUUGAAGGCUGUAGAGACAUUUUCUAAGUUUGCCUUACUUUACAAAAAUAAAACUGAUCCAGGAUCACUUCA